ACGGCAAAAUAAAUUCUAGAUUUGUCGGAAAUUUGCCAUUACGCAAGUCUGUCCAUAAAACUCAAAUCCAAUAAACGCCCAAAUCGAUAUUGCGAAAUGGCCCGAAUUUGAUUUGAACUGAAUUUCAAUUGAAUCUUUAUUCUUAUUGGUUGUGUUAAGCAAUUCAUCGAAUCUUUUCACCAACAUUUAAUAGUACGGUAUUGAAAAUUUUUUGCUAAGUCGAUUUAUUCAAUCUUCAUUUAAAUAAUUCUCUAUCAGCUGUCAUGUGGAUUUACGUCUCCAUCCCGUUAUUGGUUUGCUUGAAUACUGUCAUUUCACGGGAUAUUGGUAAAAGCCUGAGUAUGAAGACUUCGCCUUACAUCACUAAUUCUUUGGUUAAUCUUGGAAAAAUGGAUAUUUCUUUUCAUUUUAAUGCUCAUCCAGAAGAUUUGCUAUCAAGAUCUAAACAACGGAGUCACGGGUCUAGUUCUUUCUUUUCUCCUAAAUUAGAACCCGUUAUAGAAGAACCUUGCCCUUGCUCUAGCCUAACAUAUCUCAAGGAUUCCUCCCAAAACCAUCCAACUGACUUGCUGAACAGAAUCCUAUCUGGCAAUGAUUUAUUCUCUUCCAAAGAGCCCUCUUCUUCUCCACUAUGCUGUGACUCUCAUGAACAUGUUCAAGAAGAUAUUUUAUUUGAGUUUGGUCCUAAACAAAGCCAAAUGAUCAUCAAACCACAACCAUCUAGUUUCAAUUCAUUCUCAUUGUUACCAUUUUUGCUUGAGAACUACAAACAAAGACCAACCUUGCCAACUGUAUCGGCUAAUCCAAAAGCUGUUGAGAUAUUUUUCUUUCCGAAAAAGCGAGGAAUUUUACCAAUGGACUACGAAAAACCCACAGCUAAUAAAAACAAGGAAGAUAAAGUUAAUAUAAAAAUUGUUGGAGACAGGGAGAUUAGAAAUGAUUUCAAGGCGAUGAAAUUCGUCCCGCCGCUUCCAUCUUCGGUCAAAAAAGAUUUGGCUUUGCAGGAGAAAAAUAAGUCUGCGACUAAAAAUGUAGAGGAGGUACCAAAAACAGUUACCGACAGACAUCUUAAUACUGUGGUAUGAAGUGAUAAUUAUUAAAAAGUAAUGACGAGUAA